CUGAAGGAAGCUUAGCUCGGUCUAUCUGUGACGGCAGAGGCGUUUGAUUUUAAAGAAGAAUCAGCGCGAAUUCCUAUUAGGUGGUGUGGAGAUCUUAAUUCAGGAAGGGGCAUGUCCAAGUUAGCCAUGGAUGUAAAGGAAGACAAGCUGAGGGAUGAACUAUCUGAAUGGGAAAAUACAAAUAAGAUUCUGAAGCGCCAUGGCUGCAACCCAGUCUCUGUAUCUAAUAACAAGGACCUUGAAGGUGCAAUAGUCCUGGACCCUCAAGCGUCACUAUCAGUAAGAACAGCAAUUCGGUCUUUGGUAGAGGACACAGAAAGGCGUCAGAACCUAAUCCACGGACUUAUCCAGACCAAUAACCAACUUAAAGAAGAUGUCCGCCAGCAGCAGGGCCGUGCAGCGCGUCAUGAGCAGAAGGCUAAUGACCUACAGCGCAUCUUGGACAGUGUCAAAUCCAAAAUCCGGGACUUAGAAGAUGAUUUUAUUUCUAAAACCUGCCAACAGCAGAAUCAAAUGAAGAACCUUCUGAAGGAAAAGCAAACUGCAUAUGAGCAGAGCCAGAAGCACAAAGACAUGCUUGUAGAAAAAGAGGAGCAUAUUACACUUCUGAAGAAGCAGCUAUCCGAGGCACUUUUCAGAGAGGAGAAUAGAGCUGCUUCUCAUAAGAAGGUUUUCAUGCGCCUUAUGAGACGACCACCACGGGAAAACGGCAAACUGGAUCAGGAGAUUAUGGACAUCAUUGAUGGUUAUGAAAGACAAAUAAGUCGACUGCAGAAGGACAAAUACAAGGAUUUUGAAAUCCCAGAGCGAGAGUCUUCAGAAGAAUCAUUGGAUCUGGAUGCAACCCCUAACUACAAAGCCCUUCUCAAGUCUUACCAGGAGCAGAUGAGGCAAACAAGAGAGAAGCAUGAACUGCUAGUAAGAGAGAAUUUAAAACUGAGGGAUGACCUAGAGAGCAGACCUACAACAAAAGAGUUGCAAUAUUGUAAACAACGGGUGAGAAAACUGGAGAAGAUCCUCGAUCAGAACAACAUCAGCUUCCGUGGGGUAAAGAAAGAUGACACUUUGUCUGAUCCACCCAGCACGCAAGUCAGAGACGUUGAGCAGCUGCCAGCAAGUGAUUGCAGGAGAUUCCUUCAGAAUGUUUGCAAAGAACUGAAUGUGGAGGAUUUAAGAGAUCUUAUUCCGGUUGUAUCUGCUAAAGUCCGAAAGGAGGAAACCUGCAACAAAUUAUACAAGAUUCUUUAUGACAUUAGCUCUGUGCUCAGUAGUCACAGGGCCCCCCAGCUUCUCUACAAACCCAGCAAUAGACUACAGGAGAGUCGUGGGACAGAACGUAGUGAUGAGGCAGACUUCCUUCAUCUGUUGCCUACAGUAGAAAUGUGGGCUGGACAGCUGCUGUCACUCAAGGCCUUGCAUAGGGCUCUAAGGAAGCUCAGUGAGAAGUUGCUGCCUUAUCAGAAGACUGACGAACCGCAGGAAAUGGACAGCAUUCAUAUAGAAGACCUUCUCCUUCUUGUGGACACCAUGAUGGAAGAUGUAGUAAGCAAGGAAAAGGACUCAUUGAACUCAUCUCCUCACACACUGCAGGCACUUAUUUCACACUUUCAGAAACUCUUUGAUGUGCCAUCUGUGAGCGGUGUGUACCCUCGUAUGAAUGAGCUGUACAGCAAACUAGGGGAAAUGAACAAUGCUAUGAAGAAUCUCCGCUGCAUGCUUGGCAUAGAUGCUCAGGCUAGUUCAGGAGCACUGGUUACUGCUGUUUGGCAACUGUGUAAAGAGGUGGAGGAGGGAGAGAGCAAGAAAAUUGAGCAAGUACUUGGGACUCUGGACAUAGACAGCAUAAUUACAAAGAUACAGGAGUAUGAUGAGUUUUUUCCAGCAUUUGAAGAGUUAAUAAAGACCCUGCUUGAAAUUUUAGAAAUCAGCCGGCUAGAUGACAUUCUUCCUGCAGUUUGCAAAUUGAAAGGUCUGGCUUCAAGAUAACAAUCUCCUUUUUAUGUAACUGUUUUGUAAAAUAAUUUUUCUAUUUUUAGAAUAAAUUGGUUGUAUAAAUAUAAAGAGA